AUUUCCAACUCAUUCAUUCCUCUCCUCACCUCACCUUACUUCAAAAACUUUGGUGUUGCUGAGGUGUCUACAGCCGGUUUUAUUUAUUUUAUUUACUUUUCGAUUUUAUUUUUGAAUAAUUUUUAUCUAUUUUGAAAAAUGGCAGUAGCAUCAAAAGGAAUAUUUAUUCUGGGAGCUAAGCGCACACCCUUUGGUACAUUCGGUGGUGUGUUCCGUAACACAACAGCCACGGAGCUGGCAUCGCUGGCCAUAACUGCCUCGCUGAAGGAAGCUGGAGUACCUCCAGAGAAAGUUGACACCGUUAUUGUGGGGCAGGUCAUCGCUUCAUCAGCCACGGAUGGAAUCUACACACCUCGCCAUGCAGCGCUGAAAGCUGGCAUCCCUCAGGACAAGCCUGUUCUCGGCAUCAACAGGCUGUGCGGCUCAGGAUUCCAGUCUGUUGCCAACAGUGCACAGGACAUCAUUACCGGGGCAGCUAAAAUAUCCGUGGCUGGAGGCACAGAGAACAUGACCCAGGCCCCGUUCGCAGUCCGCGGGGUCCGCUUUGGCACGAUCCUAGGGUCCAACUACGCCUUCGAAGACACUCUGUGGUCGGGACUCACUGAUUCGUACUGUGGUCUGCCAAUGGGCAUGACCGCUGAGAAGUUGGGGGGCCAGUUCAGUAUUACCAGGGAGGAGUGUGAUAACUUCGCGUUGAGGUCACAGCAGAGGUGGAAGGCAGCCAGCGACGCGGGGGUGUUCAAAGCGGAGACGGUGCCGGUGACGCUGACGGUGAAGCGCAAGGAGGUGCAGGUGGCGGCGGACGAGCACCCGCGCCCGCAGACCACCCUGGACUCGCUGAAGAAGCUGCCGCCCGUCUUCAAGAAGGAGGGGCUGGUCACCGCUGGCUCAGCUUCUGGCAUCUGCGACGGCGCCGGCGCAAUAGUUCUGGCCAACGAGGAGGUGUCCAAGGCCUACAAGCCCCUCGCCAGGCUGGUCGGCUGGGCGUACGUGGGCGUCGACCCCAGCAUCAUGGGCAUCGGCCCCGUCUCCGCCAUACAGAACCUGCUCAAGGUCACCAACCUCACGCUCAACGACAUUGACCUCAUUGAGAUCAACGAAGCCUUCUGCGCUCAGACCCUGGCGUGCGCCAAGGCCCUGAAGUUGGAUGUUGAGAAGCUGAACGUGAACGGAGGCGCCACCGCCCUCGGACACCCCCUGGGCGCCUCUGGAUCCAGGAUCACUGCCCACUUGGUCCAUGAGCUCAAACGUCGUGGUCUAAAACGCGGUAUUGGUUCCGCCUGCAUCGGAGGAGGUCAGGGGAUUGCAGUGCUUGUAGAAUCUGUCUAAAUGUAACAUCGGAUAUUGUUGUCUAAGGGUUAUCUGGGGUCAACAUGGUAGGAUAUUACAUGAGAGGUCAAUUAUUGCCAAUUUAACUUUUUAAGUAUAUUAAAGUGUCAUUGUUUCUCUAGCUGUGUAUAGUCACCAGAAUUAGUUUAUCUAUGUAAGUGUUUAUUGUACAGUAUAGUUGAGUUAGUAUCACGUAACACAAGUCUCGAACUCACUUCGAGGCUAACUCAAUCUGUGUAAUUUGUCCUGUAUAUAUUUAUUUAUUGAAAGGUUUUCAUAUUAUGUAUGUUUGUUUUUAAAAUAAUUGUACUAACAAAUUUGAGGCACUGUUCUUAAGACUAAACUAUCAUGAAAAAUUGAAAAUUUGUUUCCCAAUUUGCUGAUUUUAUGAUAUUCUGUCAUAGCUAUCAAAUUUUACAAAGCUUGGAUCUUCAAUAAUGAAAUGAGCCCCAGAUGCCCUUGUAAAAACAGUGUAACUUUUCAUAUCAGUAAAAAGAUAUAUAUACCAAUAUAUUUUUUGGCACAAUAGAAAGAUAAUUCUUGUUAUCAUAAAGAUAGACUGAUCCGUACAUAAACAACAAAAUCGUAGAAUUUAUAUUUUGUAAGUGAAAAUAUAUUUAUAAGUGUAAAUGUUGUAUAAAACAUGUUUAUGUAUGUACCUACAUAUAUUAUUUGGAUGUAUUUUGUGUUUUGUUGAAUAAAUAAAUGUUUUUUUUUU